UGGCUUUUCCCUGGGCUGAGGCUGCAUCUUUUCCCAUGAAAUACUGAUGGAUUUGGUGGAAUUAGACUGGCAAAACUAGAUCCUAAGAACCUUGCAAUCCAAAAUGUAAAAAGCUGGAGGAUGUAGGAAAGCCUUUGGCAACAUUUCAAAGCCGGAAAGUGACAUCUGGAAGUGUCCCCAUUGGCUAAUCUAAAUCGUAGCCUGAGCUACUCGUAAGUAUUUAUCUCUUGCCAAUGUAACCACAGAUUACAAAGAGGAGCAAUUCAGUGCUUCCUCGGUAAAGAGAAAGCAGUUUUCCCUUCCUCUGUUUCAUCUUGUGGUCACUUCCACUGAUUGUAGUUAAGCUUGAAACAGGAACUUUCAAAAGAAGAAGGUCCUGAUAAUUAGUAGAAAAUAGUUCUUAAAAUAAUACUUAAGCACUUCUUGCUGCACAGCCUUUGUUCUGAUAUGCAGGCUGUCUCGUGGGGUGCUUUACUGCACUCAGAAAAUCCUCAGGAUGCGAGUUGAGAGUCACAGAAGCUUGGGGCAGCCCUGGUGCUGAAGGGGGGAGGAGGAGGAGGAGAAAAAGAAGGAGGAGGACAGCAGUGUGCCUGCCCUCUUCGUCUCCCACAGAGCUGCCCGUAUGGCCAGGAGCAGGGCCACCCUCUGCACAUGGCUGGGCUGUCCUGUGCUGCUGGGCUGCUUCGUGCUGGGUUUUCUCACAGGAUGGUUUACAAAGCCGACCGAAAAAAACCCCAACUCUUCAGAUGUCUAUCAAAACGUGAGACAGAAACUUGUGGAUGAAAUGAAAGCCGAAAGCAUCAAGCGAUUCCUUCGCUCCUUUACCAAGUUGCCUCAUCUUGCAGGAACUGAGCAGAAUUUUGUUCUUGCCAAACAAAUUCAAGGCCAGUGGAAGGAAUUUGGAUUGGAUUCAGCAGAACUUGUUCAUUAUGAUGUGCUACUUUCCUACCCUAAUGAAACGCAGCCAAACUACAUCUCAGUAAUUGAUGAUCAAGGGAAUGAGGUUUUCGAUACAUCAUCAUUCGAACCUCCUCCUCAGGGAUAUGAAAAUGUUACUGAUAUAUUGCCGCCAUAUAAUGCUUUUUCAGCACAGGGAACACCAGAGGCAGAUCUGGUAUACGUGAAUUAUGGCCGCACUGAAGAUUUUUUUAAGCUGGAGCGUGAAAUGGGAAUUAACUGUACAGGAAAGAUUGUCAUAGCCAGAUAUGGGAAGAUCUUCAGAGGAAACAAAGUUAAAAACGCCAUUUUAGCAGGAGCCCAAGGGAUCAUACUUUAUUCAGACCCUGCUGACUACUGUGCUCCAGGAGUAGAUCCUUACCCAGAUGGCUGGAACCUGCCAGGCAGAGGAGUCCAGCGUGGGAAUGUGCUCAACCUGAAUGGAGCUGGGGACCCUCUAACACCUGGUUAUCCUGCAAAAGAGUACACUUUCCGAUAUAAAGUUAAUGAAGGUGUAGGGAUUCCAAAAAUCCCAGUUCAUCCCAUUGGAUAUCAUGAUGCAAAAGUGUUAUUACAUGCAAUGGGAGGACCUGCAGCUCCAGACAGCAGCUGGAAAGGUGGUCUCAAUGUGUCUUAUAACGUAGGGCCAGGAUUUGCAGACAACUCAACAAGGAAAGUCAGAAUGCACGUUCAUACAAACAAUAAAGUAGCACGAAUUUACAACGUCAUUGGUGUCAUCAGAGGAGCUGUGGAACCAGAUAGAUACAUUAUUUUAGGAGGUCAUAGAGACUCCUGGGUAUUCGGUGGUAUUGAUCCAAGUACGGGUGCAGCUGUUCUUCAGGAGAUUGUUCGAAGUUUUGGUAAAAUGAAGAUGGAAGGUUGGAGACCUAAGCGAACAAUCAUUUUUGCUAGUUGGGAUGCAGAAGAGUUUGGUUUGCUGGGUUCCACGGAAUGGGCUGAGGAAAAUGCCAGAGUCCUCCAGGAACGGGCAGUCGCUUACAUCAACACAGAUUCUUCUAUAGAAGGCAACUACACCUUAAGAGUUGACUGCACUCCUCUCCUCUACAAACUGAUAUAUAAUCUAACAAAAGAGAUUUCAAGCCCUGACGAGGGUUAUGAAAAUAAAUCUCUUUAUGACAGUUGGCUUGAGAAAGACCCUGCACCUGACAAUAACGGUUAUCCCAGAAUAAACAAACUGGGAUCAGGCAGUGAUUUUGAAGCUUACUUCCAGCGACUGGGAAUUGCAUCUGGCAGAGUCCGCUACACCAAGCAUAGGAAAACAGACAAAUUCAGCAAUUAUCCUGUUUAUCACACUGUGUAUGAGACCUUUGAGUUAGUGGAAAAAUUUUAUGACCCCACCUUCGAGAAACAGCUAGCAAUUGCCAAGCUGCGAGGCAAACUGGUUUAUGAACUUGCCGACUGCCAGGUCAUCCCAUUCGACUGUAGAGACUAUGGAGAGGCCUUAAAAGGAUACAGCGACAGAAUUUAUAAAUUGGCCAAGAAACAUGAAGAACAGCUGAAAACAUACAAAGUGUCAUUUGAUCCUCUUUUUUCCGCUGUGGGGAACUUCUCAGAGGCUGCUGCUGAAUUUCACAGGAGGCUUGAGCAAGUGGACAGGAAGGACCCAGUUGCAGUGCGAAUCAUGAAUGAUCAGCUGAUGUUUAUAGAAAGAGCUUUCAUUGAUCCUCUUGGCUUACCAGGAAGGAAGUUUUACAGACACGUCAUCUUCGCUCCAAGCAGCCACAACAAGUAUGCUGGAGAGUCCUUCCCAGGCAUCUAUGACGCCAUGUUUGAUAUUGAAAGCCAAACCGAUCAUCACAGAGCCUGGGAAGAAGUUAAGAGGCAGAUUUCCAUUGCGGCCUUCACUGUGCAGGCAGCAGCGGAGACACUGAAAGAAGUAGCAUAGGAUGAUGGCUUCGAAAAACUCAGUCACGGAGCAAAACGUGAAACUCACUGUAGUCAGGCUACUGCAGUGACCCAGCCUCAGCUAAAAGCCUGCUGUGUCUGAGCUCCCAACCUGACCACAUACAGCUGCAGGGCUAGGGUGAGCAGGAGCUCUGUGUGUCAAAGGACUCCUCAGCGAGGAAUUACCGCUUCUCUGAUAGUGCCAAAAGUGUAACUUAAAGAACAACCCUGUCUGGAAGCAGAUCUGGAGGCGGGCAGGUGGGGAGGUGGAAGGGUCAGUUCCCAAUCAGAGGCCUCCAUCUUCUGGACGCACAAUCCGGUUAUUGGCACAUUGCAGAUCUUGUGCAUAGCAGUGAUCAACAGCACGUUUCGGCCAAAAACAAGUGAAACGGUCCUCAGCUCAUACAUUUUUUUUUCUAAUAAUGAUGAAUAUUGUAUAAUCCAGCCAGGGCAUCUCUGUAUUUUAGCACCCAUUCUUCAGGACUGGUGAGUGCUCCUCAUAGAAUUAUAUAUCAUAGGAUGGCUUGGGUUGGAAGGGACCUCAAAGAUCAUCUAGUUCCAACCCCCUGCCACGGGGGGUUACUGACUUGCUUUCUAUUCCUGAAAAAAGAAUAAAUACUGGUCUUCCAGCUGAUCGCCAAAAGGGCCACGAGUCUUUCAAGAUAAUCAAAGAGCCGCUUUUAUGCAGAAAUUCAAAAGUGUUUUCUUGGAGGCUUACACAGAGACCCGUGAACAGUGAGGGUCCAUCACUCUGACAGUGACUGUGUACCUCCAUCCUGCAGUUGCACUUUGGAAAAUAGAGGUUGUGUGAUAACUGAGAACUGACCUCCCUGCUCCUGUUGAUGCCACCAGUCCCGAACCAUCGGCUGCUUUUGCUCUUUUUUUUUUUUUCCUAGAAGAGCUCUUUCAUACAGAGAUGUCUCCUUCCAGUUAAAGGGGGCGGAGGACAGCAUUGCCACUGUUGGUGUAGGGCUUGAGUGUACGGGGUAAUUCUAUCUUCUGAUAAGACCUGAGAUAGUUUCCCAUCAGGAGCUGCAUAUAGAAUAAAAGAACCAUAGACUCCUUAGAGUUGGAAGGGACCUUUAAAGGCCAUCUUCUCCAACUCCCCUGCAAUGAACAGGGACACCACAGCUAGAUCAGGUUGCCCAGGGCCUGGUCCACGCUCGCCUUAAAGGUCUCCGGGGACAGGGCAUCCACUGCAUCUCUGGGCAACCUGUUCCAGUGCCUCACCACCCUCCCUAUAAAAGACUUUUUCCUUACAUCUGACCUAAAUCUACCCUCUCUAAGCCUGAAGCCAUUUCCCCUUGUUCUGUCAUCACAGACCCUGCUAAAGAGUCUGUCCCCUUCUUUCCUGUAGCUCCCUUAUAGAUAUUGAAAGGCCGAAUUGGACAAAACUGUUGAACGAAUGAAUUGUACAAAACUGUUUAAUUUGUUUUAAAAAAAAAAAGAUUCUUUGCUUCUAAAUGUACUUCUCAUCCACUUUCCAACUAAUACAAUUGCUAGAAUUUUAUUAAAUCGCAUUCACGUUUGUGAGAGAGCUGAAAAUAACCAGUUUUUUUCUCUUGUAUAAGUAUGAUACAGCUUUUCUCACAACCAUAAAUUGCUGCAGGUUGUGGGAAUGAAAUGCUUUCUGUUUUAUGGGGAGUAGAACAGAUGUGGUGCUAAAAUAGAACUGGAAACAGGCAGCGGACAUAACAGUUACCAUGCUCCAGCAAGAGCUGUUCCCAACCCGAAUUCCUUGAAUUCAGACAAGGGAUCCAGAAAUUACAGUAAUUCAGUCCCUCAGGAAGCUGGUUUCAGGGGAAUACACUACCAAGAAGAAUGGUGUCUGGUCCAUAACCACUCUGGUCAUUGCUCCCUUUUCCUGGGUCUCUCUUCCUCCCUCAUAGCUUUACGUUACCCACAGUGGACAGUAACUGAGUGUUCCCCAAGGAGAGGUUCGGAUGCUUGGAUGAUGGAAGAAAAGCCACUGGCGCCUCCUCCUCGUGAACAGCUGUCAGUGAUUGCUGCCUAGGACCUAUCAGAGGAUGUGGCAAAGAGCAUCCAUAAAAGAACUAUCUGAUGUAGCAUGAUUUCUUCAUAAUUGGCAGAAAUCUUUGUAAUAAAAUAAGCCACCUCUCAUUUAGGUGAACAAAUGUUUCACCAGUAAACAUACACUUUCAGUGCAAGGUUUGGAUGCUCUGUGCCAUUACCUUGCCGCUGCAAGAUAACCUAUUACCUCCUGUGGUUUCCAUGCACUAUCUGAAGCAGUACAAAGAGUGCCCAGCUGGCAUCUAUUGCUUCCUUCCCUUUCUUGACUUCACUGAUAACUACGUAUGAAUGAGUCAUUAUGACCUGCUACGUCAUGAAAACCGUGAAGCUUAGGUCUCUUCCCCUUCCCCACUGUUAUGUUCUAGAGGGACAGCGAUAGCCAAACCCUUACUUGUAGAUGGCUUGUGCUCACAGAUUUCCAGUAAUUUAAAACUGGCAGUAUUUUAAAAUAGCUCUUCGGCCCUGCUUUUCAGCAAAUAAGUAAAUAAAUAGAUAAAAUAAAUACAAAUUGAAUGACCUCCAAAAUCGCCUUGCAGAUCUUAAGAUUAAUAAAAACUGGAGUUGAUACAAUACCUUUGCGGAUGAAGCAUUUGGGGGUAAGUGAGACCAGUGCUUCUCUCAACACCUGCGAUGCUUUGGUUUAGCAACGCUUCCCAACACAGUCAUGCAUCAAGAGACUGUUUUUGUGGAGCAGUGAGACUGAGAUUUCCCUUUCCGACUAUCCUGACAACUGAAAUACACUGCCAGUUUGUAAUUUCUGGUUCUGUAAGUCUUCUCAUUAACAACACUGUUCAUCUGUUAGAACAGAGCCUUGAGUUGUCCGUGGUCUGGAUCCAGCCAAAGCAAUUUGUCAGGUUGCUUCAGCUGAUCUCAAACUGCCUUCUCUUACAACGGUGAUAAAAGUGAAGCAUGCAGUGUAACUCAGUGUGCCUACUCAGGAAAAGGCAUUGCAAGAGGAAGAUCCUACAGCUGUGAAUCAGCCCUUUAAGGAGAUGAUCACAGUCAGUACUGGUGCUGUAUGCGCUGACUUUUGCACCAACCCAAUUUGUAUAAUUCAGUUCUUCUAUAGACAACCUGUAACAUCUCUGCAUGUUUGUAAGUGCCAAGGGAAUGUGAACCCUAUGGACUGCCCAUGAUUUUGCUGCAGCAGAGGAGGACCAAGCCCCCCUGGCCAGCAGAUUAACAUACCUGCUUUGUGCCUUUGCCUUGCUUUAGGAAUUUGUGAUUGUGAGGUUACUGGGCAAACGCAGUACUCUGCUUUCUCCGCGCAGUGAUUGCCAUUAACACGCUGCCCUUCAGGGACUGCUGGUGGACUUCUAUUCACGUGCACUUCAUUGAAACCCCUGGAAACUGAUAUAUCUGUAAUUAAAACAUUGCUUGUUUUCCUGUUUAAA